AUGCCUGCCAUCGAUCUUACGACGGGCACAUCGCCUCUCGUCCAACCAGAGCCGUCUCUUAGUUCUGCCAACACUUUCCCUGUGUUUGACCCUCAAAAGGUCACUGUUGUCUACAUCCUAGGGGGUCCCGGAUCCGGCAAAGGAACGCAGUCUGCUUAUCUGGUUCGAGACUACGGAUUCGUCCACCUGUCGGCAGGAGACCUACUGAGGCAAGAACAAGACACCAAAGACAGCAAAUACGGACAGCUCAUCAAGGACUAUAUCAAGGAUGGGAAGAUCGUCCCGAUGGAGAUCACCGUCAAGCUGCUGGAAAAUGCGAUGCGCGCGAACCUUGACAGCGAUGGAACCGGCAAAUUUUUGAUUGAUGGCUUCCCCCGCAAGAUGGACCAAGCAAUGUUCUUCGAGCAGUCUGUCUGUCCGUCGAGAUGUACGAUAUUCCUCGAUUGUCCAGAGGAUGUCAUGCGUGAGCGGCUACUGGACAGGGGCAAGACAAGUGGAAGAGCAGAUGACAAUGAGGAAAGCAUAAUCAAGAGAUUCAAAACCUUUGUCGAGACAAGCAUGCCUGUGGUGGAUCAUUUUGCGGAGGAAGACAAAGUGGUUAGGGUUCCAGCAGUCGGCACGGUGCAAGGGGUGUAUGAAGGCGUUGUCGAGGGUCUGGCCAAGAAGGGCAUUGCUCCUUCCAAGUGA